GGUUGUGUAAAUGAUGUAUUAGAUUCAGAAAAGGAAGCGAGUGUUCGACUUUUGGCCAUCCGCUUAAUGCGCACUGCUUGUUCAAAAAUGCAACCCUUUAUGUUUAAUCAAUUUAAGAAUAUAAUAUUAAUGGCAGUAUUCUCCCAACCUAUCGACAGUUCUACCGUUCGAACACGAAAAGCGAAUUCUCUACUAUUGGAUCAACUUAUCGAUAUACUUGGAAUCGAGGAAUUGCUCUCAUUUGUUAAAUCAUCUGGAAACUCUACUGCAAUUUGGAUAAAAAUGUUGAAGAAUUCAGAUAAAAUGCGACGACGGAAGCACAGACGGAAAACAUUUAAGGAGAGUCGAGAACAAAAUAAAACGGGCGAGAGAAUGAUUUGA